AUGGACGGUGGCUACAACUCCUACGGUGGUGGUGGCGGUGGCGGCGGCGGCUUUAUGCCUGGCGAGAUGAACAGCCCUUCGGGGGGAAAGGGCGGCGACCGUGAUAACAAGACCCUUCGCCCCGUGACAGUCAAGCAAAUUGUCGACGCAUCCCAGCCUUUUCCUGAAGCCAAUUACCAAGUCGAUGGCGCCGACGUAGCCAGUGUGCUGUUCAUCGGCCAGGUGCGCAACAUUAGCUCCCAAAGCACCAACGUCACAUACAAGAUCGAUGAUGGCACUGGCGAGAUUGAGGUCAAGAAAUGGGUCGACUCAGCCCUCGCAGACAGCAUGGAUACAGACGAAGGCAAGGUAGCCGGCGAGAGCAAGAACGAGAUUGAGCUCAACGGCUACGCUCGUGUCUCUGGUGCGAUCAAGUCUUUCGGCAACAAGCGGUAUGUCGGCGCCCACAACGUGCUUCCGGUGAAGGAUAUCAAUGAGCUGCACUGUCACAUCCUUGAGGCUACAGUGGUGCACUUAUUUUUCACUCGCGGACCCCCUGGUAGCGCCAACGCAGGUGCUAGUGCCGGCGCCGCUGGUGAUGCGGUGAUGGGUGGUGCAGAAGACUAUGGUGCGGGCCAGAACCGGGCAGUUUUGUCCAUGUCGCCGCUGGCCAAGAAAAUCUACCAGCUUCUGAAGACCGAACCCCAGGACGACACCGGUUUGCACAUGCAGCAGAUUGCAUCGAAGCUGAAUACCCCAGCUACAGAUGUGGCGCGGGCUGGAGAAGAGCUACUAGGUGCUGGUGUGAUCUUCUCGACGAUGGAUGAGCAGACAUGGGCCAUUCUCGAGUACUAG